CUGUGGAACAGCAGAUUCAGAGCCAUCGUGAGACACAUCAGAAACAAAUCAGCAGCCUAAGAGAUGAAGUUGAUGCAAAGGAGAAACUUAUCACUGAGCUACAAGACCAAAAUCAGAAAAUGAUGCUUGAACAGGAGUGUCUGAGAGUUGAACAUGAGAAGUUGAAGGCAACAGAUCAGGAAAAAAGCAGAAAGCUGCAUGAACUUACGGUUAUGCAGGACAGACGGGAACAAGCAAGGCAAGAUCUAAAGGGUUUGGAAGAGACUGUGGCUAAAGAACUUCAGACUCUUCACAAUCUUCGGAAGCUGUUUGUUCAAGAUCUGGCUACUAGAGUGAAAAAGAGUGCCGAGAUUGACUCGGAUGACACAGGAGGCAGUGCUGCACAAAAGCAGAAGAUUUCCUUCCUUGAGAAUAAUCUUGAGCAGCUCACAAAGGUCCACAAGCAGCUGGUACGUGACAAUGCAGAUCUUCGCUGUGAACUUCCUAAACUGGAGAAGCGCCUUAGGGCUACAGCCGAGAGAGUUAAAGCUCUGGAGUCGGCGCUGAAGGAGGCCAAAGAGAACGCCUCUCGGGAUCGCAAGCGCUAUCAGCAGGAGGUGGACCGUAUCAAGGAAGCUGUGAGAUCCAAGAAUAUGGCCAGGCGAGGACAUUCUGCACAGAUUGCCAAGCCCAUCCGUCCUGGACAACAUCCCGCUGCGUCUCCGACUCACCCAAGUGCAAUUCGCGGGGGCGGCGCGUUCCCGCAGGCCGGCCCGGCGACCGCGCUGCGCGGCGGCGCGCGCCAGGACAGGGGAUGUUAA